UCUCGAGCUGACCGAACGACCACGUCUCCUCCCCCUUCCCUUAUCCAUUCGGCCACACACACAGGCCACUCACACCCCAGUAGCAAGGCGGAGGGAGCGGCGACUCCGGUGAUUCCCAACGAGCACUGCAGGGAUAGAGCAUCGAUUCCCAGCGUGCACAGCAAGGGAGAGGGACGACUCAGGUGGUUCCGGUGGACGACGGAGGCGGAGGCCCAGCAACGAGCUUCCUGGGACAGCGCCAUGGAUGCAUCGAUUGGGCGACACGAUGGUCUCCUCCUCCGCGGCGUCCUCUCGUCGGAGAAGACGGACUCGCCCUCCACGGGCCCUCGCCGCAGUGUGAGGAGUGGCUGGUGGAGGUCCUGCUCGUGGAGGGGAGCGACGACGAGUCCCCAUGAAUUUGCAGAGGGAGGGGGUGGUGCCGUCUUCAGGUGAGGCGGGGCGUGCCUAUGGCGCCGCCCACGAGCCGGAGGCCCUCCUCAAUUUACGCAUGCUCGCUUGCUCUUCCACGCCGCCGACGAGAAGGCCAUCUUCCUCUUCCGAGACGACGACGGGGACCGAUGAGGCGCAAGGCGGAGGCGGUCGUGGCACCACUGGUCGGUGACUACGGGGCCGUGCUCCGCCUGCUCCGUGCUCACGCAGACAAUAGACGCCAUGGAGCUGAAUUCAAGUUUCAACCCCACAGUACCUUGCCCCGACGAGGAGCGCCGCCCCUAUGAGGCUAUCGCCCGGUUCGAGUGUGAGUGUGACGGCCUCGACCGCCUCCGGGCCUCCCCUCCCCCGCGUUGGAUUCUGAUUUCCUUGUCAGUUUGACGAUGCUUGCGAUUUGCAAGGGCAUCGGAGCUCUGCAGGUUCCUCGACAAAGGCAAAUCAGAUGCGUUGAGAUGGAAGAUUUAUUCAGUUCCACAACCACCAUCCCUGAAGCCAAUGUAAUCUUUGAUUCUGAUGUUGAUCCAACCAAGAAGGUGGUAGAACCCGAAUGUGUUGGUUGGAGGCUGGUGACAUGGUAUAGGGAGACCUCUUGGAACUAUUGGUCCAAGGAGCAUAUAGUUAACGUUGAUGACCUCGGAGCUGACUGGUUGCUUCCUUCUAAUCCAUCGUGCGUGCAAUCUUCUUUUCCCAUCCUGUGUGGAGAUGAUGCAGUUUGCCUCCUUUCCAUGAGUGAUGAUUCAGAUGGUGAUGGUUGGAUUGUCACUAUUGACAUAGAGAGGAAAAAAGUGAGAGGGAUAAUAGAAUCUUCUUGUGACCGAUACAUGCUUUUCAGCUCAGCCAUUUCCUGUGCGCCAAAGAAAUAUCCAGAUGGAGGUCCUCGCCUGUUGAGCAAGACCUCGUCUGUUGAUGUUGAUGGAAACAAGAGACCGAAAUAUGUGUUUCAGCUGCCAGACAAGUAACAUUCAUGACCUUGUGAUGUAUAGUACCUCCGUCUAAGUGAAUAAGUCAUUCGCGUAGUUCUAGGUCAUCGAUUUGAGAAAUUAAAUAUGUGUUAUAUGUCAUAAAAAAUAUAUCACUAGAUUUCUACAAAGAUGUAGUUU